AUGUCCAAAGACACGGAAGGGAAGAGCGAGAAAAUUAUGGAUAUGGAGAGCAAGGUGUUGUGGUACCCGGAUUCUAAGAGGAACACACAGAUGGACAAGUUUAGGAUACAGGUCAACUCGGACUACGGACUUAAUCUGGCCAACUACAGUGAUCUUUACCAGUGGUCAGUGGACAGCUACUCGGAAUUCUGGGGAGAAGUUUGGCGCUUCUGUGGAGUGGUCAGCUCGAAAGCAUAUGAGGAGGUUGUAGACGUAUCCAAGCGGAUCUCGGAUGCUCCGGAGUGGUUUAAAGGGGCUCGGCUUAACUACGCUGAGAACCUGCUUAAGCAUGCAGACCAGGACAAGGUGGCUCUCUAUGCUGCCAGAGAAGCAAAGGAGGAGAUAGUGAAGGUAACGUUUGGGGAAUUGAGGCGGGAUGUCGCGCUGUUCGCUGCGGCCAUGAGGAAGAUGGGGGUCCAGACUGGGGACCGGGUCGUCGUAAGCGUGCUCACUGGCUACCUGCCUAAUGGUAUUCAUGCAGUGGAGGCCAUGUUAGCAGCAGCCAGCAUCGGAGCCAUUUGGAGCUCCACAUCAGUCGACUUUGGAGUCAAUGGUGUCCUGGACAGAUUCUCUCAAAUACAGCCAAAACUGAUAUUUUCUGUUGCUGCUGUGGUUUACAACGGCAAAACCCAUGACCACAUGGAAAAACUCAUCAGUGUUGUGAAAGGUCUGCCUGACCUGAAGAAAGUAGUUGUGAUUCCCUAUGCUCGCCCCAGACACGAAACUGACCUCUCCAAGAUCCCCAACAGCGUGUUCAUAGAGGACUUUUUGGCAUCAGGGCGCGGGGAGGGCGAUCAGUUCCCACAGCUGGAGUUUGAGCAGCUUCCCUUCAACCACCCUCUGUUCAUCAUGUAUUCCUCGGGAACGACAGGAGCUCCUAAAUGUAUGGUGCAUUCCGCCGGGGGAACCCUCAUUCAGCACCUGAAGGAGCACAUUCUUCACGGGAAUAUGAGUGCCAGUGAUGUCAUCAUAUACUACACCACGACGGGCUGGAUGAUGUGGAACUGGCUGGUGUCUGCGCUGGCAGUGGGAGCCUCUGUGGUUUUAUACGACGGUUCGCCACUAAUGCCAACCCCUGACGUCCUGUGGAGCCUGACUGACCGGCUGGGCAUUACCAUCUUUGGUACGGGGGCCAAGUGGCUGUCUGUGCUGCAGGAGAGGAACCUCAAACCCUCGGAAACCCACAACCUCCAGUCCCUCCACACCAUCCUGUCGACCGGGUCUCCUCUUAAACCUCUGAGUUACGACUACGUCUACCGCUGCAUCAAGAGCAACGUGCUACUGGGCUCCAUCUCAGGCGGCACUGACAUAGUGUCCUGUUUCAUGGGUCAGAACCCGACAGUUCCAGUGUAUCGGGGAGAGAUCCAAACAAGAAAUCUUGGCAUGGCGAUAGAAGCCUGGAGCCCCGAUGGUAAGCCGGUGUGGGGAGAGAGUGGGGAGCUUGUCUGCUUGAAGCCCAUCCCCUGCCAGCCGACUCACUUCUGGAACGACGAAAACGGGAGCAAAUAUCAUAAGGCUUACUUUUCCACAUUUCCCGGGGUUUGGGCUCAUGGAGACUACUGUAAAAUCAACCCUAAGACAGGAGGCGUUGUCAUGCUGGGCAGAAGUGACGGCACGCUGAACCCCAAUGGAGUGCGAUUUGGGAGCUCGGAGAUUUACAACAUUGUGGAGGCUUUCGAGGAAGUGUCAGACAGCCUUUGUGUCCCUCAGUACAAUGCUGACGGAGAGGAGCGGGUCAUUUUGUUCCUGAAGAUGGCACCUGGAAAGCCCUUCUGUCCAGAGCUGGUGACAAAGAUUAGGGGGGCCAUCAGAAAAGCUCUCUCUGCACGCCACAUUCCUGCCCUGCUGCUGGAGACCAGAGACAUUCCUUACACCAUCAGCGGUAAGAAGGUGGAGGUGGCUGUGAAGCAGGUGAUAGCUGGUCGGGAGGUGACACAAAGAGGCGCCUUCUCCAACCCCGACUCGCUGGACCUCUACAAGAACAUCCCCGAGCUGCAAAACUACUAG